AUGGCUGCGUUGGACUGGGGAAAAACCGCGCGUCCUCAUACCUCUGCUCUCCUUUUAGCCAGCUACUCGUCCAAGCAUGCUAACCUUACCACCCAAUCCGCCCACGACACCCGCCUCAUUGGUCCGAACAGGCUACCUCACACCCCAUUCAUUCCCGCCAUGCGUGAAAUCAGCGCGCCGCACUUGUUCGGAAUAGUCAUUGACGGUUUGAAUCAGAACGAGCAGGAACCGAUUUCCACUUUGGCUCAACGAUUCACGUCGUUCCGGCAUUGCGCUCUACGUCUCGAAGUUGCCCGGUGGCGGGAUGGGGUAUCGAAGUUUCUUUCGUGGGGGGGUUUGGGUGGGGUGGGUGGGGGCUUUGGGACGCUUUGGGUCUGGGUUGAGCUUUUGGCUUGGUGA